UUGAAUGAUAAAAAAGAGCACCUCACGUGGACUCUGAACCAAAGACGCUGUCCAACCACAAUAAAAUGCCCCCAACCUCCCCCUCGCCCUCGCCUUCCCCAAUUUUUUUUUUCUUUUUGAUAUCUUUGCUCGUUCUGCACACACCCAACCAAAAUUAAUCAUGCUUUUUCAUUAUUUCAUUAACCCUCUCGCCCCUAUCAUUCUCACCCCGUGCUCGUCUCUUCUCUAAAAUCUAAAUAUAGCUAGCCCUACUGAUGAGAAAGACCCACCACAGAGAUUAAACUGUAUAGUAUAUAGCGUCCCUUGUCACACACUUCUUCUCCCUCUUCUCUCCCCUCCAACACACGAAUUAAACAGCUUCACUUACUUUAAUGGAAGGAGGUGAUGAUCUCCACCACCGUCACCACCAUCACCACUACCGUCCCACUUUUCCAUUUCAACUCCUCGAGAAGAAAGAAGAUCAGGACGCUGCUUCUUGCUCCACCUCUUCCCCUUAUCCUUCCUUAGCCAUCUCUGCUGACCCUCACUCCUCCAAUCCGAAUCUGUCCAACCAGAUCGUCCCCUCCUCCACCGAACCCUCCAGCAAGAAGCCCCCGCCCAAGAGAACCUCCACCAAGGACCGCCACACCAAGGUCGAUGGACGUGGCCGUCGCAUUAGAAUGCCUGCACUCUGUGCCGCUCGGGUCUUCCAGCUCACCCGCGAGCUCGGCCACAAGUCUGACGGUGAAACCAUCGAGUGGCUGCUCCAGCAGGCAGAACCUGCUGUCAUCGCCGCCACCGGCACGGGAACCAUCCCGGCUAACUUCACUUCGCUUAACAUAUCGUUGAGGAGCUCAGGAUCCACUAUGUCGGUCCCGUCACAGCUGAGAUCGUCCUACUUUAAUCCCAAUUUUCCUGUCCAACAGCGCCGGAGCUUGUUCCCCGGAAUUGGUCUGUCUUCCGAUAAUACCGCAGCGUCCACGCUUCUAAAUUUUCAAUCCAGUAACCUGACCACGAACCUGUUGCAAGCCAAGCAAGAGCUUCGCGACGGGGCGGGUCCGCCUUUGGCUGCUACAGCGUUGGAUUUGUCACCGGAGUCACCGGAAGAAGGGAUGGGAAGAAAACGGCGGUCGGCGGAGCAGGACUUGUCGUCAGCGCAGCAUCAAAUGGGGAGUUAUUUGUUGCAGUCGAGCGCGGGGGCGAUCCCUGCGAGCCAUGCUCAGAUUCCGGCCAACAUUUGGAUGGUGACGAAUUCAAGCAACCAGGUCAUGAGCGGUGAUCCUAUAUGGACAUUCCCGCCGGUAAGCAACAGUGGGCUGUACAGAGGAACCAUGUCGAGCGCGUUGCAUUUCAUGAACUUCCCUACCCCUAUGGCCCUAUUGCCGGGUCAACAAUUAGGUUCGUCGGCGAUAAAUAGUGGCGGUGGCGUUGUAUCGGGCGGUAACAUUAACGAAGGACAUUUGAGUAUGCUGGCAGGGCUGAGCCCGUACCGGCCGGUGAUCGGGCUGUCAGAGUCUCAGGCUAGCGGGUCCCAAUCACAUCGCGGAGGCGACGAUCGGCAUGACACCACCAGCCACCACUCGUAGAGGAUCACGAAUAUGGGGCGCUUCCUUACAUGUGUAGUUGUUUGAUGAUGUAUUGACACAAAAGAUGGAAAACGACUCACUUCCCCGGCCUUUGGUGAGUUUCCUACCUAACUGGCAUUUAGGGUUUUUCCCUCCUUUUAUUUCUAAAAACAAUAAAAAAUCUGUCACUCCCUUUAUGGGCCACAAGUUCGUGCGUGUGACAGUAGAGGGAUAGAACAGUGUUACCGCCAGGCAAAUAUAAAUUCAGUGGCUAUUUAGUGCAUUAAUG